AAUUGUCUAUAUCAAUGUCAAUUUCGCUCAUAUAUGAGGUUAUGUUUUUGAUCGAUUUUAAAAACUUAAAUCUUUCAAUGAUUCUUUGAAUUUGAGACAAUUUUAAUUUUCGCAGUAGAUAGACUCAAUUCGUUUUUGGUACUGUAUUAUGUUGUAAAAUGUCUACCCCAGAAGUGAAGAACAACGAAGAAAUAGUGGAUGAAUUAACAAAGGAUUUGGAAGAGAAACUUCAAGAGGAGUGUAGCCUCAAAGAACAGAAGAAUAAAGAUGAUACUCUAGACAAAGAUACCAUUUCUUGCAAUGACAAUGAAAGUUCAGAUGAUGAGGAAGAAAAGCUUGAAGAUAAAAAUGAUAUCAUCGAUGAAGAACAACUUAAGGAAUCAGAAAAAGAAUUAAAUGAAGAAGAAAUAGAAAAGAGGAAGUUAAAUUCAUUCGAACUCAAGAAACAAGGUAAUGAAGAAUAUAAAAAUGGUAAAUACUUGGAAUCUAUAGAAACGUACACAGAAGCUCUCAAAAUAUGCCCUACCAAAUACAAUAGUGAGAGAUCCAUAUUGUAUGGAAAUAGAGCAGCUUCAAAAAUUAUGGUAUGCAGAAAAAAAAGUGCAAUUGAGGAUUGCACAAAGUCAAUAGAACUCAAUGAUGGCUAUUUGAGGGCAUAUCUAAGGAGGGCAAAACUAUAUGAAGAAGAAGAUAAGCUUGAUGAAAGUUUAGAGGAUUUCAAGAAAGUUGUAGGGAUCGAUCCUGGUUGUAAAGAAGCACUCAGCGCACUCCAAAGACUUCCACCAAAGAUACAAGAAAGGAAUGAUAAGUUAAAGGAAGAAAUGUUAGGUAAAUUGAAAGAUUUGGGAAAUAUGAUCCUCAAACCUUUUGGACUAUCUACUAAUAAUUUCAAAUUGGAUCAAAAUCCAGAGACAGGUGGUUAUUCUGUUAGCAUGAACAAUAGUUGAUCAGUUCAUUGGAUAUUUGUUUGAUGGUGAAUUAAUUGAUGAUGUUUAAUUUUUGUACAAGAAUCUGAGUAUAAAUGUCACUAAGAUUGAUAUCAUUGUCCCUCAUUUGCUUAUAAACAACACCUUGUAUUAACUCUACACAGUACCUUAUUUAAUAAUAAGGUUUUAAUGGGGAAAAGUUUGUUUCAGUUAUGAGCUUCCAUUGAUAACUGAACUCUAAAUUUUCAAUUUCAUCACAAUUUAAAAUCAAUGAAAUACUCUAUUCUAUUGUAACUUUAUGAAUUUUUGUAAAAUAUAAAUUAAAGCAAAUUACUAAAAUGGUA